AUGAGCUCGUCAACGUCGUCGACGUCAACCUCGGGACCCAAAGACUUGCCAGGGGAAAAGGAGGCAAUCUAUAGCGUUGGUAGUCAGACAUUUUUCUCAUUUGCCUCUCAAUUUCUUUCUUUCUUUCUUCUAUCUAUCUAUCUAUCUAUCUAUCUAUCUAUCUAUCUAUCUAUCUAUCUAUCUGUUUGUCUGUCUUCCAGUCUACUGUUAGAUUUCUUUCUUUCUUUCUUUCUUUCUUUCUUUCUUUCUAAGUAUAAUAGAUUUCUUUCUUUUUUUUCCUUUCUACUCUGUUUCCCUCUCUCUGUCAUUUUCACUCUUCUUGUUCUUGUUGUUCUUCUUUUUUUCUUCCUCUUUUUCUUCUUCUUUUUCGUCUUCGUUUUCUUCUUCUUCUUUCUCUUUUUCUUCUUUUUUCUUCGUUUUCUUUUUCUUCUUCUUAUCCUUCUUUUUUCUUCUUUUUCCUCUUCUUGUCUUAUUUUCUUCUUGUCCUUUCUUUUCUUUUCUUCUUCUUUUUCUUCUUCUAUUUUCAUAGCAAUCUUCUUUCUUUCUUUCUUUCUUUCUUUCUUUCUUUCUUUCACUACUCCUAAUGUGGUUUUCUUAUUUUUUUUUGGUUUAACUUAA